CUAAAGUGACUUCUCUUUUAAUGUAUAGGAGGAUACUCUAAGACAGCCGUUUAAAAAAUAGUUUAAAUUUUAAUUUUUCAUAAUUAUCAACAAAAAUAUUUUUUCUUUACUUUAAAAUAAAAAAAAUUAGUUAAAUGACGACCCUUUAAUUUUUUUCUUACGAAUUAUGAAAAAAAUUUGUUAGUUAUAUAUAGUUAUAAAAAACUUCAUAACUUACUUACAUAUUGUUAGAGUAAUUGAUUUUGGGUUUAAAAAUCAGCCAAUUAUAAUGUUUGAACUGAUUUUCAAAAGGUUUUACAUAAAUAUAUGUUUUAAAAUUUAACAUUACUAUAUGUAAAAUGUGGGACUAAUUUAUAAAUUAUGUAAAUAAAACAUCUUAAUUGUAAAAUAAAAAUAAAAUAUUCAUUUAAAACAAAUAUAUAUAUACAUUAAAGAAGAACACACUCUAUUAUAGAGAAAAAAAAAUGAAAAAAAUACAUUAGAGCAACCACAACGCUGUAUUUAUCGAAUCCUUAAGCCCAAGUCCUUAUGGGUUUUCGAUAAUAAUAAUAAUAAAUGGGCUCGGAUUGAGAAGGAUUAAUCCUUAUGGAAGAGGUUUUCGAUACCCAAUCCUUAUCGACGUGGCAUUUGAGAGCAACCACAACGCUGUAUAAUCUCGUGUUUUUUUGUGGUAAAAAAAUCAUCUCGGUGAAGGAAAAACAAAAGCUCAACGGCGAUUCCGAUCCUCGGCGAAGAUCUGGUAAAUCAGUGGGUUCCUCUCUUGAUUCGUGGGUUUAUUCGAUUAGGGUUUCUUCUUGGGGAGAUUGAUUUCGUUCUCAUUUGUGUUUUCUAUUUCAUAUAUGGAUUUUGAAUCGAUUAGGGUUUCUUCUUGGGGAGAUUGAUUUCGUUCUCAUUUGUGUUUUAGAUUUCAUAUAUGGAUUUUGAAUCGAUUAGGGUUUCUUCUUGGGGAGAUUGAUUUCGUUCUCAUUUGUGUUUUCUAUUUCAUAUAUGGAUUUUGAAUCGAUUAGGGUUUCUAGUUGGGUCGCGACUUUGGGUUCGGUUUAGGUGUAUUCGAAACGAUUUGGGGAUGUUUUUGAUAAACGGUUUUCAAUCGAUUAUGGGGUUCAAACCGAAAAUAAUUUGAUGGUUUCAGAGAUGGAUCGGGUGCUCAUACAUUUGUUUGUAAUAUGUUUGUUAUGUGUUGCUAUUAAUCUGUUCAUGUCUUUUGUGUUUGUUUGUCUUAUUCUCAUUGCCUCAACAUUUUUUUUUUCAGGUUUAGUCAUCAUGGGACAAGAUUAUUCAUACACGCAGCCUUCUUCAUCAGACGAGCUUGACUUGACGUAUCUUCUUGAAUCAGAAGCUCAAAUUUACAAGGAUGAAGCUGAGAGUAGUUUGUACAUUGCAGAGUCGUUUCAGUACACACCUUCACCCGAGGCUGACGAUGGAAUACCGACGACUUGCUACUGUGGUUCUGAGCCAGAAAUUGCCACAUCUCACACGCAUAAAGAUCCAGGGAGAAGGUACUACACCUGCCCCAAUGUGGAUGAUGGGGAAUGCCACAUUUGGAAAUGGUGGGACGUAGCUGUUACGGAGGAGAUGACUGAGGUUAAGAGACAGAUGAGGCUGCUUAAGGAUCAAGCUUUUCAGUGUGAUCAGAACGUGGUUAAGCUACAGAAGACAGUUUGUGAGGUACAGAAGACCGUCUGCGAGCAAAAGAAGAGCGUAUGGGAGGUCAAGAAGCCCUAUAUGAGGAUAAUGGUCUCAGUCCUGACCGUUCUUUUAGGUUUCGCGGUCAUGUAUAUGUCUGGAAUAAGUUCGAAGAAGUAAAGCAAAGUCUACAAAAGCAGUGUCUCUUUAAUUAGGUACAAUACUAAACCUUCAUUGUCUCUUUUGUUUCAAAUAUAAAUGCAAGUAGCUACCAAAUAUAAAUGCAAGUACCUAAACCUUCAUAGUCUCUUUAAUUAGGUACAAUACUAAAACGUUGUGACUGUUUGGUGUUUUAAAUUUUCAACGUCUCGGAUUUGAUUGGUUUUAAUGUUUUCCAGCUUUACAAAUGGGUCUUAGGUUGAUUUGAUUGGUGUUUAAUAGAACUAGUUAGCUUCCCAACUGCAACUUUAAAUGUCUCUUAGUUUAAGUUCCCCUACUUAAGUUAGCUACCACAAUUCUGAGUUAGACAAAUCUGAAAACAUGGCUGCGAACAACACAAGUUAUGUUAACCUCCUGUUUAGUCAAUCUCAGUCCCCAGUGGACCUUGAUUCACCCGAACCUUUUUGGUUCGGGACCCAAGGUCCUGAUGCGUCUCCUACUGUCGAAUCUGCUGUGGACUCUCCUGUUAGGAAGGAGAGGAGGCCUUGGUCUACUAAGGAGGACAAAAUCCUAAUCGGAGCUUGGCUUAACACGAGUAAGGAUGCGGUGGUGAGCAAUGAGCAGAAAGCUGCUAGGUUCUGGAGCCGCAUUGUUGACUACUACAACAAAAGCCCUCAACUUGUGGGAACAGUGCCUAGAGAGCUUGGUCAGUGCAAGCAGAGGUGGGCUCGGAUUAACGAGCAAGUGUGCAAGUUCGUAGGCUGCUAUGACACAGCACUGAGGGAGCAGAGUAGUGGGCAAAACGAUGAUGAUGUCAUGAUAGCUGCUUUGGAUAACUUCUCCAAUCAGUACUCGGUCAAGUUUAGCAUGGAACAUGCCUGGAGAGAGUUGAGGCAUGACCAGAAAUGGUCCUCUACCUAUUUGGCUAAGGGGAGCGGGAAGGAAAAGCGCAAAGGGGUGGAGGUUGUUAGAGAAGAAGAAGUGGUUAGACCCGUGGGGGUCAAGGCAGCUAAAGCUGCUACGAAGAAGAAGAAGAGUGUUGCAGAAGAGUCCUUGUCACAAAUACAAGCUAUAAUGGAAAUGAAAGAUAAACUCUCUAAGCAGAAGUUGCUUGACCGUCUACUCGCCAAAAAAGACCCUCUUACUGAGAUGGAAAAAGCUCUUCAGCUGACACUUAUGUCUAAUAUGUUAUGAGUGUAGGUAGUAACAUGUCGAGUAGUUAGCUGUUACAAGUACUUAUUUGAUGUUUGUUGUUUACUAACGCUUGUCUUAUUUGUUGUAGCAGGUGUAGAAGUCACGGGAGUGUCUGUCUGGAGUAGUCAGAGUCUGUUGGUCUUUAUCGCAUUCACGGGAGUUUGAAGUUUGUCACGGGUGUGGAGGAAGUCACGGGUGUCAAGUUUCACUUCUAUAAGUGCAGCUGUUUUAUCGUUUUAGUUUAUUUCUUGUAUGCAACUUUGAUCUCUUUCCCUACUUAUAGUACUUGUAAUGUCUAUCAAAUUCUGAAUGCUUCUCUUUCAAUCAAACAAACUCUUCUCUAUUAACUCUUUCAAUCUCUUUAAACUUCUUGGUUCAAGCAAAAUAGCACAGGUAGAAAGGUGAGAAGGUAAAAUCAUCUCUUUAAACUUCUUGGAUCAUCAACAUUUUAUUUUGAUCUAUACUUACUUUCCAUUAAAUCGAAUACAAAUCAUCAACGUUUGUUAAACAUGUUUAGUUUGAAUUUUUAAUUAUCUAUGAAGCAAUAUGCAAAAUUCAAAGGAAUCAAAGUAAGGAUUAUAAAAAAAUAUCAUGUUUUGUUUCUACUAAAAUUUUAAUUUUUAUUUCUUUCUUUCAGUUAAACAUACCAUAAUUUUUUUUCAGGAGAUACUAAAAAAAUGUCAUCAUCGUCAUCCGAUGAAGUUGAAGAAAGAUUGGACGAAAUUAUCGACGAUAUCAUAGAUGAAACCUACAUCAACAUUUUGGAAGCCCAACCCUCUAAGCCGAAGAAACGCGCUUAUAUAGAACGAGACCGCAAAAUCGGACACAACCGAUUAUGGAAUGAUUACUUCAGUGAAGAUGUGACAUUUCCGCCGUAUUUAUUCGGACGCCGUUUUCGUAUGAACAAAGAAUUAUUCUUGCGUAUUGUCCAUCGCCUCUCAGAACACGUUCCAUUCUUUCAACAAAGAAGAGAUGCAACGGGGAGGUUUGGUCUUUCACCACUACAAAAAUGUACAGCCGCCAUUCGUCUCCUUGCUUAUGGUUCUGCAGCUGACGCGGUUGAUGAAUAUCUCAGAGUUGGUGAAAGCACGGAAAUUUCGUGUUUAAAGCAUUUUAAUGAAGGAAUAAUUCAGUUAUUUGGUAAUGAGUAUCUACGAAGACCGACAGAAGAGGAUCUUCAGCGACUACUCCAUAUUGGAGAGAUACGCGGGUUUCCGGGGAUGGUAGGAAGCAUCGACUGUAUGCAUUGGAGGUGGAAAAAUUGCCCAACGGCUUGGAAAGGACAGUACACCCGGGGAUCAACAAAACCGUCAAUUGUGUUAGAGGCAGUAGCUUCACAAGAUCUUUGGAUAUGGCACGCUUUCUUCGGUCUACCAGGUACCUUACGAUAUUAAUGUCCUCGAUCGGUCUCCUGUUUUUGAUGACAUUAUUCAAGGUCGGGCUCCGAGGGUAGAGUACGUGGUCAACGGACACAUGUAUAAUUUGGCGUACUACCUCACGGACGGUAUUUAUCCAAACUGGUCAACAUUUAUCCAAUCUAUCUCACUACCUCAAGGUCCUAAAGCAGAGUUAUUUGCUAAACUUCAAGAAUCAACCCGGAAAGAUGUGGAGCGGGCUUUUGGAGUUUUACAAGCUUGAUUUGCGAUUGUGAAAAACCCAGCUCUUUCAUGGGACCAGCAACAGAUAGGGAAGACAAUGAGAGCAUGUAUCAUACUGCACAAUAUGAUAGUCGAAAAUGAACGAGAUGGAUACGACACUCAGUACGAUCCAUCUGAAUUUGAAGAAGAAGAUGUAGCCAGCAGUUCACGGGUGCAUAAGUCUCAUGGUACCGACAUCCCUCCAAGCAUCAAUGAAAUGCGUGCCACUCGGGUUCAGAUUCGCGAGCCGGAAAUACAUCACCAAUUGCAGAAUGAUUUAAUUGAGAAUAUUUGGAACAAAUUUGGGGAUGAAAAUUAAUAAUUAUUGUAAUUUUAUAUGUUUAAUCAUGUAAUAAAUAAAUAUUAAAAUAAUUAUCUUAUUUUCCCAUGUUUUAAAAUUUAUUAAUUUUUUAUUCUUAAGGAUUCUAUUCCUGGUAACACUAUUGGACAUACAAAUUUCAUUAGAAUCCUUAACUCUUAAAAAAAAAAAAUAGUAUAAUAUACUUAAGGACUCCAAUGGUGGGAACACCAUUGGAGAUGCUCUUAUAGAUGAUAAAGUUAGUUUGGAGAAUGUGUAAACUAGCCACUAAUAACUGAAAGAUUUAACCUUUGACAAUGACUAGUGGAUCAUAUUGGUACGUCACUUAAAGAAGAUAUUAUACCAUGCACUGAUUGAUUACCUAUUUAAUUAUGGACGAUAAAUAAUUUGUUACGCAACCUUAAAACGUCAACAUUUCGUGGGGCUUAUUGGUAUAGAUUCCACAGAAACAUCAAUGACGUAAAUUUCAACCACAACCUCCUCCCCUAUAUUUCAUCUCCACAUAAACAUCAUCCCCAAUGAUGUAGAUUCCCACUCACAGGUCAGAAUCUAACCAAAUCUGCU